ACCAUGGCUGGAGGAGGUCUGCUGCAGCUGCUGCUGCCGCUGCUGCUGCUGCACCUGCUGGCGGCUGGAGUCGGUCCAGCAGCCGGCUGUGAGCCGCGGCUGGACCGACCAAUGCACGUGCUGCGUCGCGACCCGGCCGGUCUGGCCUGCUGGGGCACCGUGAGAGCGGUCACCUGCUGGGGGCACUGUCAGUCACACGAGGUACCCGACUGGCGGUUCCCGUACCGUCGCUCCUACCACCCAGUCUGCAUGCACGGCACAGUGCAGCUGCGGACGGUCACCCUGCCUCACUGUCAGCCGGGUGCCGCCGCCGGCACCGACCGGCACACCUUCCUGGACGCUGUGUCGUGCGGCUGUGCGCCCUGCCGCGGCGCCGUCGCCAGCUGCGAGGGCGUCCGCUACCGGGGCACCCGGCGCCGCUCGGCGCCCCAGCCGGCGCCCUGAGACGCCCCGGGCGCCGUCUGAGCGCCCGCGGGCGCCCGCGAGGGAUACUCUGCCGGCGGCGGCUGCUGGCUGCGUUUCCGAUGCGUUUCCAAGGCCAGUGGUUGGCGGUGGAGAAUCAGUGAUCUGUGUUGGAAAUCAGGAAAGACGUUGUUUCGGAUGGGCUUAGGCGAUACGGACUCUAACCCGC